AUGCGGGUCUCAGAUACAGAUGCAGUUGAAUUGGCAGCCCAUCGACUGAAAGAUAUUGCUGUUGAUUGGUAUGAGAUGUGGGUUGAAUUGAGAGGUCAGGAAGCUCCUUCAGCGGUCUGGACAGAAUUUACAGAAGCCUUCAUGGAUAACCUCAGGCCAUUAGAGCUUAGAGAAGCAAAAAUAGAUAAAUUUCUAUCCUUAAAGCAGGAUUUGGAUAUAGAAAGGAUCACGGCAUGUGCUCAGCAGAUAGAGGAAGAUCAGCGUAAUCAUAAAGUAGAUAGUGAAAGAGAGCAGAGUAAGAGAGCUAGGACGACCAUCCAGCAUCAGGGAAACAAUGGUGCUUACACUAGUAGAGGGCCACCUAGGCAAACCCAGCAGAGUGGUCGACCACAUAGAAAGGAGUGUUGGCGUGGUUCAAAUACGUGUUACUGGUGUGGUAUAGAGGGUUAUAUAGUACAUGAUUGUCCACAUCUCAGAGGUAAAAGUAGAAGUGAUCGAUCACAGCCUUCAGGGUUUGCAUCAGCUUUAUCUUCAUCAGUGUCUUCUUCUUCUCACGGUCCUCAGGCACUAGCAGGUAGAGGAUCUGGUAACGGCAGAGGGCCUAGUUCAAGCACUGGUUCAAACCGUAUAUGUGCACUAACUGGUCGACAAGACUCAGAGGUAUCUCCAGAUGUAUUCACAGUUGAUUGUCGAGCCAAAAUAGCCUAUUUCCACUUCCUAGGAAAGCCAGUCCUAGAGUGGAGGGGUAAUUCUAUGAUGCCUAAAGAGAGGUUUAUUUUUUUUCUUAAGGCACGAAAGCUUAUUGCAAAGGGGUGUUUAUAUAACUUUGUCCAAGUGAAUGAUAUUGAGGCUGAAAAGCAGACACCAACUUUAAAAUCUGUACCAGUGGUGAACGAGUACUCAGAUGUGUUUCCUGAUGAACUUCUUGGGUUAUCUCCUAUCAGAGAAAUUGAUUUUGGUCUUGAUGUGGAUCCUGGUACCCGACCGAUAUCAAUUCCACCUUAUAGAAUGGCGCUUGCAGAAUUAAGAGAGCUAAAAGAGUAG